AUGAGUUUCGGCAUUCUAUUCAGAGGUAUGCUGCUGCUGCUGCUGCUUGUUUAUUUUCUGCUGAUCACCAUUACAAUCUCACCCUUUUUCACACCCUUAGCUGUUCUUCUGCUCGCUGUCACCCACCACCAGACAGCCUGGGCACUGUACGACAAGUCGGACGCGGUGAUCGAGCUGACGCCGGCAAACUUUGAGAGCCGCGUCACCGACUCGGAUGACAUUUGGAUCGUCGAGUUCUUCGCCCCCUGGUGCGGCCACUGCAAGAGCCUGGUGCCGGAGUACAAGAAGGCGGCCACGGCGCUGAAGGGCAUCGUCAAGGUGGGCUCGGUCGAUGCGGACGCACACCGAGAGCUGGGCGGCCGCUUUGGCGUCAAGGGCUUCCCCACGAUAAAGAUCUUCGCGAAGAACAAGAAGAGCCCCAUUGACUACAGUGGACCUCGAAACGCUCAGGGGCUGAUUGACGCCGCCUUCAAGGAGCUGCGAAAUGUGGUCAACUCGAGAAUUGGCGGUGGUAGCAGCGGCGGCGGCAGCAGCGGUAGCGGCAGCAAAUCUGGCGGCUCUGGCUUCGAGUCGAAGGACGUCGUCGAGGUGACCGACUCUAACUUUGACAAAGUAGUCCUCGGCACCGACGACCUGGUGAUCGUCGCUUUCCACGCCCCUUGGUGCGGCCACUGCAAGAACCUGGCGCCCGCCUGGGCGCAGGCCGCCUCCGAGCUGAAGGGCAAGGUGGUGAUCGCCGCCCUGGACGCCACCGUGCACACCGCCAGUGCCAACAAGUACGAGGUGCGCGGCUUCCCCACCAUUAAGGUCUUCCCCGCGGGGAAGAAGGACGGCUCCGCCGAGGACUACAACGGCGGCCGCGGCGCGAGCGACAUCGUCAACUUUGCCCUGGAGAAGAUGACCGCCUCGCUGCCGCCGCCCGAGGUGACGCAGCUGACCAGCGAGGGCCAGCUGGAGACGGCCUGCAAGGACGCCCAGCUCUGUGUCAUCAGCGUCCUGCCGCACAUUCUCGACUGCCAGUCG